AAACUCAUAAUCUCAGCAUCAGAAACUUUCAAACAAACCUCCACUGUUCAAAGAUCUAUGGAAAGAAAGAUCUGGUCCUUAUUGACGUGAUAGAAGAAUGUUUAACUGACUCAUAUUUGCAUUUUGAGUUACCUUUGCAUUAGGAAACGCAGUACCUACAUUCACCCAGCAGGGGUCACUGUUACACUUAAAAACUUCUUAGAACAUCUGCUUCACUUAAACGCGUAACUGUACCUUUAAGAAGUCUCUGUAGUCCUAUCAGGUUUCAUCCUCUCUGAUUUCGACACAGAUGUUUGGGACUAGAGGAGAGAUUCCAGGGUCUGAAGUUCACAGACAUCAGUACUUCUCCCCGCAGCUUCGUGUGUCUCCUCUACAGACGGAGUCCUGAAAACAAAGACAGAAGAGAGUCAGGGGGAAACCUUUGCAGCAUUCAGGGGACGACUGCACCGAGUCUGAGAGAAACUAAAGAACAACAAAACCUCUCUCUGGUUUGAAUCAGCUUCUUGAAUGUCUGCAGCAGGGGGAGUUUGUGAUUUGGUGUAUGGCUUUGCAGAGGAGCAGGACUUCCAGCAGGUCCUGGACGUCUGCAGGGGCGCCUUCAAUGGACUCGACUACCUGCCCGUUAGCUUCCAUCGCUGGCUUUGUGAACCUGGACGUCUCGUCUUCAUCGCGAGGAUGAAGGACAGAGUAGUGGGGCUGGAGUCUGCUCUGCUGGUGGAUGGUGGUCAGACGGCUGUUUUUCAGGGUCUCAGGGUGGCCUCUGAUUUACGGGGCCGUGGCAUCGCUGGAGGCCUCCAGAGGCACAUUACUGACUACAUACGCCAUCAUUACCCAGAAGUCUCUGCUGUCAGGACGGCACGAGUAGACCUGCCAUCCCCACAAUCGCUCACCAAGUAUCGACUUAUAGCUAAGGAGGCCAUCAUGUCCCUGUGCUGUGAGGCAGCAGACCUCAGCCUCUUUGUCACCGAGCUUCGGUCCAGACUCUCCUCUCAGUCUGACUCUGCCUUCCUCAGCCCGGUGACCCUGAACCAGCAGCAGGCAGAGACUCUGAUCCUGUCCGACCACAUGGUGUCCAAACUGCUGCCCAAUAAAACCCUCAUCAAUAACUGGGAGCCUCUGAAGCCUGUGGAGGCAAACCUGGAGGUCCUGCGUCGGAGGGAGCUGAAGUGGAUCGUAGACCGUGAGUCUAAACCCUCCGCCGUCAGCCUGCGCACCGCACCAUACUCCAUCCCCUACCGCCACGACGCCAUGCUCCUCAACAUCGACAUCUACGGCCACGAUCUGUCUGCUGUCUGUGCCGUGUUUCUGGCCCAGCUCGAAGCCUCGCUGCCGAGUGCCCGGGGUUACCUCAUCAUCUACACCUACAUGGACCCCGAGAUUUGGCCCGGGUUACACGAGACCUGCAAGAACAACAGCAAGGUGUCGUUCUACAGCGGUUACUUUGAGCAGGUGAUACUGGAGAGUGACCUCUGAGCUGGAAUCAUCUGGCAGUGUGGACGUGAAGAGUCCGGGUUCCGGUGCUGCAGCAGGUGGGGACCAGGUGUGCAUGCAGGGAGCUGCUGCUGCAGAUGAGCUUCAUGUCAUCGUUUGCAUGUGACAAGUUUUUAUAGUUCCCAGAAUGACUCAGCAGGAACCUUGAACAGGGAAAAACCAUAAAAUAAGAAGCUUAUCUUUCAAAUUUAGGACUGCAUACAAACAUUUGUAUCUGAGUUUAAAAUCACGCUGGGCUACGUCCCAGAACUCCAUUUAUCCAGUCCGCAAGAAUAUUGGAAGAUUGUCGACGUAUUAAAAAAUCGUUUUUACAGACAA